AGAAAACAGCUGUUUUUGUUUGUCGGUUGAAAGUGUGAGUGGGUUGGAAUCAGUAAGAGGAAGAACGAAACGAGAGAGCAAAAGAAAAUUUGCCGGGAAAGGCAGAAAAUUUUAGUUAGUUACACUUGUCAAAAUCAAAUUUCAUCAAUUUGAUCGUGAUUUUAAUACUGUGUGUGUAUCUGUUAAUGUAUAAAAAGAAAAUUUAACAAGCCUAGACAUGGAGCAGCCGCCUUCAGCUAGCGAGGAGGCCGCUCGCAAUUUUCUAAAACUUAUAAAGCAGCUGCUGCAGGAGAAGGCGUACGAGGGUGUGAAAAUGCUUUUCCAAAGCCCCAAUGAGGCGGCAAGGAAUCUACAGCACUUGCCCCUGAUUGCUAUGGACAUAUACGAGGACAUUUGUGUGCCCAGUCUGGAGGAUGAGGUGAAUGUGGAGCAGCCCGAACUUUUUGACUGUGCCAACGAGCUGCUACGACUGGUGGCUCAGUAUUAUUUCUCCCUGGAAGAGUUGAUGCUGGAGCUGAUGGAAAAGAUCGAGGAGAGUAGCAGCAUUGCAGUAUUUUCUGCCUACAUGAGGGCUCUGCAGGUGGUGCUUCAGCGUCAGGGUGACCAGAAACCGCAGGCUGUGGAAUGGUGUCUGCAGAGUGUUUCAUCCCGUCUGAAGGAGUGCCCUUUGCCAGGAUUUCUCAGCGAGGGCUACGACGAGGCUGCCGGGCGUCUGCUGGAACAGAACCAACAAGUUGAGGACUUAAUGGCUUUCUAUAUAACAAUAGAUCUCUUCUACAAGCCGCUUUUGGCAGAGAUUCUGACCACAGGGGCUUCAGUUACCUCCAUUUUUCGGAAUUGUGGUCUCACGCGGCGAAAUGCCUUCACUUGCUUCUACGUCCAGCUCAUGGGCAAGCCGCUAGCUCUUCUGGAAAUGGGCUACGUACGCGAUGAACUUACUCACAAAUAUGUCCACCAAGUGGUAAAGAGUUUGACUGAAGCUGUCUGCUCCUGCCUAAGUGAUCCAUUCUAUCUACUGGGUCUGGUCGAGCAGCGGGCACGUUGGCAACGUAAAUUGGAUGCUGAGAAGGGUGUCUACGAGAUGAGCAGUCAGAACAUGUUUCUCAUUGAAGAGAAAAUGCCUCUCUAUGCUGUCGCCAUGUUCUACCAUGCCCUAUUGGUUGGCAAUCUGCUGCCACCGAAGGCUCCGAAGAUCUAUCAGCCACUCUAUUUAUUUGAGACCGGUUUAUAUUUGGUUAGCGUCUUGUUGGAGCAAGUUGAGCCACCUCUGCAACACUGUGGCUUGCGCUUGUUGGAGCAUCUAAUGACCAAUACUUUGGCAAACUCUGGAGUAAUUGUUCCUUGCUCUUCCCUGCAGUUGGAUGUGCACAAGCGACUGUGCGAGUCCCUUUGCAAAAUUGUGGGUUACUCCCCGCAAGUUUCUCUGCGCCAAGUGGGUCUUCAUGUACUCCGCAAAUACGUCCUAGCCUUUGAUCACGAAGGCAAAUAUUUCGUCUUGAAGAAUUUAAUCGAAACCCUGCAGCAUGAUGGACUCCUGGGCUACUUGGCCAGCAUGUACAAGGAUCUCGUCGACCAGGCCAUGUGUCUCACUGCCUCUGAAUUGCCAUUGGUGUUUAGCGGCAAACAAUUUCGAGAAAUGUUGCUGCUUUGCCUUUGCGUUUUGCCACAAGAUGUCAAAUCUGAUCUCCUGCUCCAUUCCGAUCGUAUAUGCAAUGCCCUUAACAUUCUCCGCUACUUUGCUAUCAGGGAUCUCUCAAAUGACACUGGAUUCUGGCAUUUUCUGCCAGAGAUUGAGGAAAGACUCAUACAGCCAUUGGGCAAGGCCCUGGACUUCUCGUUGGCCCACUAUAAGGCCUACAAGGAGCGUGUGGAGAACGGGCAAAGUUCCUCGGAUGAUGCCCUCAUGCAGAAACAAUUAAAAAUGCUGGCGGUGAACAUCAGCAACAGUGGGAUGGCCUCUGGUGAUGGUUUGGAUAACAAUCUACCGGACAUUGGACGUGAAGAGAAACUGGAUGUGCUCAGUAGUUCUAUCACCAGUCUGGAAUCGCUAUUGGGUCUCUAUUUAAGGGCAAACGAAUGCAUCGAGCAAUCCCUUCGAAAUCGCCAACAACAACAACGACAAAUAUCACCUAGCUCUAAUUGAGAACUUUUUUUAUAUAUAUAUAUAUAAAUAUA